UCCCCACAUCGCAAAAUGUUUUUUUGAGUCACUUCCUGGCCUUGGGCGGGGUCAGCCUGGCUCCGCCUGGGGGCUGGGCCUGCGCGACCAGGGGCUCGCUGCCCGGCGGGAGGAGGCACCCCGCGGCGGGCUCCCCCUCCGGCAGCGACCGAGCCCUCCUCGCUCCGCCUUCCUUGGCAGGCUGGCGGCGAGGCCCAGCCCACUCAAUGGCUCUCCCCACCUCCACGUCGGCUCUCUUGGCUCCUCUGGGUUCUUGCUCCUUCUGCGCAGCUGUUUCUCGCUAAAGAGGAACCACUCAUUGAAAGUUGGGGGUGAAGAGAACCUUAAAGUUCAUCUAAUCCAGACCGUUCGGAUGAGAUUAUGCAAGGAGGGAAAGUGACCAGCCCAAGGUCACCAGUUGGUGACACUCUUGGCCUAAGCACUAUCCACCAAAAUAAUUGUGGGAAAAAGACAAGGGCAGGCUUUUCUUCCAACAAAUGGAAAAAAUGCCACGGAGAAGGGCUGUCGACUUGUGAGCGAUUUUGAAAAAGAGGAGGAAGGGACCGUGGAGCUGUGGCCACACACACACUCAUAUGCACACUCUCAACAUUCACACACAUUCUCUCAUAUGUACACACACAUUUUUACAGCUCACAUUCACACACAUUCUCACACACAAAUACGUACUUUCAUACACUCACAUAUUCAAACAUGCACACACACUUACAUACACGACGCCCAUGCUCAAACACCCAUGCUCUUUAUUGCCCCAGUUCCAGCUUUUGUUGCCAUCAGAAAGGGCUGCCCUGGGGUUCCCGCUGUGGCUCUCCUGUCCGGCAGCUUCAUCCCUCCUCUCCCUCCCAGGGCCCAACUGCUGUCAUUUUAUGCUCUGCCAAGGGGGAGGGAACUGCGGUGACAGCAGGAGUAACUGAGUGAGAGGCAGGACAGACUCUUGGGGCACAGAAAGGUAUGGAGAGGGAGGUGCCGAGGCCAGAUGACAGUGAAACCAGAGAGAGGGCUGAGGAAUAGGGUGAGGGGUGGUGAGAGCCUGCAGAAGAGGAGGGGAAACAGAAAGGAUCAAGAGUGAGGGGGCAGAGGACAGGGGGACUGGUGAGUCGCAGAGCCACUCAGUCAUGCUGGGGACAAAGCGUGGCUGGCUACCAGGUUCCCCACCCAGCCCCAGGCUGCCCUUGGCCCUGAUGCUUCUGGCCCUGGGGGCUGGGUGGGCCCAGGAGGGGGCAGAACCAGUGCUGCUGGAGGGGGAGUGCCUGGUGGUCUGUGAGCCUGGCCGAGCCACUGCAGGGGGGCCUGGAGGAGCAGCCCUUGGAGAGGCCCUCCCGGGACGAGUGGCAUUUGCUGCAGUCCGAAGCCACCACCAUGAGCCAUCAGGAGAGACAGGCAAUGGGACCAGUGGAGCCAUCUACUUUGACCAGGUCCUGGUGAAUGAGGGUGGUGGCUUUGACCGGGCCUCGGGCUCCUUCGUGGCCCCUGUCCGGGGUGUCUACAGCUUCCGCUUCCACGUGGUGAAGGUGUACAACCGACAAACUGUCCAGGUGAGCCUGAUGCUGAACACAUGGCCUGUCAUCUCAGCCUUCGCCAAUGACCCUGAUGUGACCCGAGAGGCAGCCACCAGCUCUGUGCUGCUGCCCCUAGACCCCGGGGACCGGGUGUCCCUGCGCCUGCGUCGGGGGAACCUGCUGGGGGGCUGGAAGUACUCAAGCUUCUCUGGCUUCCUCAUCUUCCCGCUCUGAGGACCCAGGCCUUUCAAGGGCAGGAAUUUAGCCCCUGGCUGCUGCCCUCUGCCCUCUGCCCUCUCCUGCCCCCAGAAACAGCAUCUUUGGGACAGGGGAGAGGUUCCCUCUGGCUGCCUGUAUCCCACCUCCUUGCAUGGGACCCUGUGCCAAACACUCAAGACUAAGAGGAGAAAAGUGUAGAGCUGUGGCAUCUCCGGGCCUGCCCCCUCUCACUCCGCCCUCUCAUCUGCCUUCCCAGCCUCCCCCCUGCAUCUCUUCAUGCCUGCAGCCCCAGGAUCUGGGCAGGGUUUGGUAGUGAGGGUGGCCUGCAUUACUUUGCUGUCUCUGUUCCUCCUGCUUCCCCUACUCAGCUUCUUGCUCAGUGCUGUUUGGAGACAGGUGGCACAGGUGACCCUGGCAGGCCCCCACAGGGGACAGAUGGACUAGCCUCAGCAUACCCUGCAGGCUCCUUCCUGUGAGAAGUGCCAGCAUCCCGGAUCUCGACCGACACAGUCAGGAGCUGAGCCAGCACUGUAUGGACGAGAGCAGGAGGCUCAGCUGUGAGCAGCACUGUGGGGAGGGCCACAGAGCAGCUCAGAGGCUGUGGCUGGUGGGGCAGGAAGGGGGAAUACACCUCCCCCGAACUUGGUACAUGUUCUGCGUGUGCACGGACAGCUGGCAGGGAGGGAGCCCAGAAAUCCAUGGUGCCAGGUCCCAGGUGAACUCUGGCCUUCACCUCCCCACCCGAGAUAUGGGAUGUGUGUGUUUGCUCUGGCAUUGUUCAUGAGUGGAGCUGAGUGCGUGUGCACAGAGUCACCUUGGGCAGCUGGAGGUGAGGGUGGAGGGUAUCCUUUCUCUUGGCCACCUCCUGGAACAGCUCCACCCCUGCAGUCUGAACUUUGUCCCUAUACACUCUGACUGCCAUCUCCUUCAAUUACCUUCGCUGUACCUGUUCCAGUCUCUCCCAUGACUCUCUUCUUUUUCCUGAUCUGUGUUGUCUUACCCUCCUUCUUAAACUUCCUUCCAUUCCAUGACCCAUCCCUCUAACCACUCUCCUACCAAUACCUUCAACGCUCUCUCUUUUCCUCACUCCACCGUCCCAUUGGCCCAGCAUGGAUGAAGCUAUCAAUAAAGUGACCAGAGAAUGAGGAUCGGUGAGACACUGAAGAGAGGGGAUGCUGUUACAGUUUUUAUCAGGGUUAAAUAACAUAAGCAAGUAUGCUGUAGACAAAAUAAAUGUAAAACUGUAUACUUGAGUCAAAUAAAAAAGGAUUUAGUAAAAUUGAGCUAAAUAGGAAAUACUAGUGUGAAUUUGUGGUUUUAAAAAGAAAUUUUUUUUUGAAACUUUGUCACUCGUGUAACUUAGAAGCAUCAGAGACAAUCUGAUACACAGCCUUAACACCUGGAUUUUGAUCUAAAAUACCAUUCACUUUGAAAAGGACCUAGAGUUCUUUGGACUAUAGUUCCAUGCCUUAGAUAACUACAGGCCUGGGACAUGUUGUUGAUAACAGAAAGCAAGGAUAAUUUUUUAAAUGUAUAGAGUAGAGCUGAAAAGACAAAGGAAGCAACUUAAUGAGGCUCCCACUUGCCGUGUUGUGACAAUUUCAUCAUCAAACGAAAAUAAUAUCAUUAAUUGGAACAAGGUAAAUUUUUAAAAUCUAUGAACCCAUAAUGAUAUUCAAAAAGGAAGACUACGCCAUGAAGUGUGCAAAAAGAUAUAAUAAAACUGAAGAAGAAUGACUAUAAUAGGAUGUUUUUCAAUGAACUUCGAAAAGUAGAAGAGGGUAAAUAUAGUGGAUAUUUUGUCUAGUCAUAAAGCACAUUUAUUUUUCUUUAUUUGUAUAAAUAGGCAAAGACAGAUACAAAGAAAGGAUCACUGGUAGCACAAGAGUUAAGCACUCAACUGCUAACCAAAAGGUCAGCAGUUUGAACCCACCAGCUGCUCCUCAGGAGAAAAGACCUGGCAAUCUGCCGCAGUAAAGAUUACAGCCUAGGAAACCCUAUGGGGCAAUUCUACGGUGUCACAAUAACAACAGAUACAGAGAAUAGUGAAUAAGCCAAAUAAUUCCAGAAAAAAAUUAGAACUGUACCAAGAAUGAAAGGAACUGGUCAACACAAUUUGAUCAUAUGUUAUCAUCAGAAAAAAAGAGUCCUACAGUGUGUUACAAGAUGAUGAAUUAGUCAAACGUCCAGAAGAGAACUGCUCACUGCUCAGACUUGAUCCCACAGCUCCUAGGAAAUGAAGCCUAUAUAUUUACUCAAGUAAUUAUAAUGAGAUUUUAAAAAGGUAAAAUGAUUAGAUUUGGUUUGGCUGAAACAGUAAAAAUCCCAAAUAAUAAUGGCUUAAACAAGAGAGCAUAUUAUUUCUCUCUCAUAGGAAAAAACUGUAAAUAAAGAGUUCAGUAAUGGGAUGGCAGACCAGCUUACACUCCUGUGUGGAGUGAGGGACCCAGUGGACCCCAUGUUGGCUGCAGACAGCAAUAGAGAUUCAGGGAGGGCUAAGGGUGGAGACAGCAUCUGAGCCUCCAAAGGGCAGGGAAGCACUCGGGAAAGGCAAAGGAGGUCUCUGGAAUGGGGGAGUGGGCAGGAGUCCUGGGGCAGGGGCUGGGUGACUCUACCACAGACCAAAUCCCACACACAUCACACUGCAAGGCCUGGAAGCCACCUCCUGAUGGCUGAUGGACUCAGAGCCAAAGCGUUUUCUGGGGGCAAGUGACGAGGACGGUGCAGCAGAUCACAGCGGGGCUUCACGUCCAGGGGCUGGCCAGAGAAGGGCCUUUGGACCCCUCAAUGGUAUGGCUGUAUAGCAGGAAAUUCCAUGGACAGAAGGACUGAGCUCGUCUUGAUGAGCAUCAAAGACCAGUUUCCCUUCUUGCUGUUCUACCAUUCUUAGCAUGCCACCUCAUGACCCAAGAUGGCUCUUUGAGUUUUAGCCUUUACAUCAGCCUCACAGCCACCAAGAAGAAAGAAAGGCACAUCCCUUUCCUUUAAUGAAGGUUUCUGAAAGGUGCACCCAACAUUUCUGAUUGCAUCUCAUUGACUAGAAUUUAGUCACAUGGCUACACCAAGCCAAGGAGGGGGGCUAGGAAAUGGUCUUUAUUCCAGGCAGCCAUACCCAGCUGAAAGUCAGUUUUAUAAUAAGGAAGAAGGCGAUAUUAAAUAUUGGGGUAGGCAAAGUAGAAGUUUUUUUAAAUGAAAAUGGACCAGAUCAAUUUGUAAAUAAUGACAAGAAAGUCAUUGUAUUAGUUUUCUAUUGCUAUGUAACAAAUUACCACAAAAUUAGUGGCUUAAACAACACCUAUUUAUUAUCUCAUAGUUUCCUCAGGUCAGAGUGCAGCAGGGCAUGGCUGAAUUCUCUGCUCAGGGCUUCCCAAAGUCAAAAGCAAGGUGUAGGCAGAGCUGUGUUCCUUACUGGAGGGGAAGAAUCCACUUCCAAGCUCAGUCAGGUUGUUGGCACAAUUCAGUUCCUUGUGGUGUAGGACUAGGGUCCUUGACCCACUCCAUCUUCAAGCCAACAAUGGUGGAUCAAGUCCUUCUCACACUUGAAUCUCUCUGACCUACCCUUCUGCCACAUCUCUGUGAUUCCAGAGAAGAAAGCUCUCUGCUUUUAUGGGCUCAUGUGAUUAGAUUGAGAUAAUCCAGAUUAAGAAAAAAAAAGUGCCAUCGAGUUGACUCCGACUCAUGGUGACCCCGUGUGUGUCAGAGUGGAACUGUGCUCUGUAGGGUUUGCAAUGGAUGACUUUUCCAAAGUAGAUUGCCAGGCCUUUCUUCCCAGAUACUUUGGGUGAAUGUGGACCUCCAACCUUUCAGUUGGCAGCCGUGGAGAGUCAACGCUUUACACCAUCCAAGGACUCCAAUCCAGGAUGUCCUAACUCGACGGCACUGGUUUUUUUUUUUUAACUUUAAUAAGGAAACCCUGGUGGUGUAGUGGUUAAGUGCUACGGCUGCUAACCAAAGGGUCGGCAGUUCAAAUCCUCCAGACGCUCCUUGGAAACUCUAUGGGGCAGUUCUACUCUGUCCUAUAGGGUCGCUAUGAGUCGGAAUCGACUCAA